AUGUCGAAGCCGGAACUGGCUGUCACUGGCUAUGCAUGCAAAAUAUUCAAUGAUAAAAAUGCUGCAGCCGAAAUUGAGACAUCAGCUCAUCUUCACCCGCACGAGUUAGAUUUGCUUACAACAAUAGAUAGAUUUGAUGUUCGCGGGCUCCUCGAGUUCCCUAUCGACUACAAACGCGCGACAGAGAAAAGGAUCGGUGAUGUGAUCUCUGUCGACGAGACUGAAAUGUUGCGCAGGGACCGGUUCGGAGAUCUUGAUUCACAGCUCGAUCACGAUGACGAGUACCGCAAGCUUCAGGAGGAGAUCGCAGCUGAAGACAAGGAAGAGAGCCAAAAAUCUAAUGGAAAAUAUGGAUCAGUUGGAUUCUCAUAUGACGAAUCCGACACAAACAAUCACUUUUUAAAACCAGAAGAACCCCAGGGAAAAGCCUUUGUUGUGCCGGAGGGUCUGACUUUGCCAAAGAAUAUGCCGCUGCCAAAGCUUGAAACUGAGCAUGAGAUCAUUCUCAGAACUGCUAAGUUUCUUGCGAAUCAAAAUAAUCAGAUGGAAAUCUUGCUGAAAGCGAAACAGUCUGGAAACGAAAAAUUCAACUUUCUUAAUUUUGGGCAUGUCUUAAAUGAUUACUACAAGCACAUCAAGAAGUUAAUCUCGACUGGCGAGUUCGAUCCCGAUGCUAGCAAAACUCCACCAAGUGACUCAGAAUCUGACUCUGGAAGUGAUUGCGAGGGAGGUUUAUUGGCUUUGAAUGCCGCAGCGGCCCGAGCAGCAUCAAAGAAGAAGAACCCGGUGCAAGAAACGUCGGAGCGUUCAGCAUCUCCUGUAGUAAACACAGUCGACGAAAAUCAUCCUCUCUUCAAAAUUAUUUCACAGCGAAAAGAAGCCGAGCGCCGAGCUCAAAUUGAAAGAGAAGCACGGGCGAAGCAAAAAGAGAUCCAGAAUAAGUUCAAGAGUAUGGUUCAAGUUCCUCCUCCGAAUAUUUGCCAAACUGUUGAAUGGGUUACGAAGGAAUUGGUAGCCACUGAUCCCGCCGAGCGAGAAGAAAAAGAGACACGACUUCGAAUGCAAGUCACACUUGAGUUCAUGAAUAAGGGUCACCCUUUCUAUAACUAUUUCCAAACAAUGCUCCAGAGAGCUUUACUCACAGCAUCGAGGCCUCCGUCGCCGCCAGUAUCCAUCGACACAUCCUCGAAAGAAAACAACGACUCUAAGGAAAGCGAUCAUCAGCCUAUUAAAUUCGAAAUCAAAACUGCGCCUACAAUGGAAGCUAGGGUCGAAGCAGCGAGAAAAAAAGCUGAAGAAGUUGCAAAAAUUAUUGUGAGCAGAGAAAUGGAGAAGAUCUCGAAAAAAGAAAAUGGAGAAGUUCCGAUUGAUAAAAGCAACGGAGAUAACAGCAAUAACGCCGAAGAAGUCGAAGCAGAAGCUCAAGCCGUCAUAAAAAGAGAAGUCGAAGUAGAUCGGCAUCAAGAGGAAAACGUCGAAGGAGGUCCCGCUCUCGAAGUAGAUCCUAUGGGCGCUCGCAUAGAAGUCGCUCUCGUUCAAGAUCACGCGAUCGUCAUCGAAGACGCCGGCGAAAAGAAUAUCGAGAUCUGA